AUGGCCGGAGAAAGAGGAGGAGAGGAGGUGACGCUGCUGGGCCACUGGGGGAGCCCGUACGUGAUCCGGGUCCGGCUAGCCCUCUACCUCAACGGCGUUCCCUACACCUACGUCGAGGAGGACCUGCGCAACAAGAGCGACCUCCUCCUGCGCUCCAACCCCGUCCACCAGACCGUGCCAGUGCUCAUCCACAGCGGCCGCCCCGUCUGCGAGUCCCAGGUCAUCCUCCAGUACAUCGACGAGGUCUUCGUCGCCGGCAGCGGCUCGGCGUCAUCGGAUUUCUCCCUCCUCCCCACCGACCCUCACGAGCGAGCCGUCGCCCGCUUCUGGGCGGCCUACGUGGACGACGAGAUCGGCGCGCCGUGGGACAAGGCGUUCAGGUCGGGGACGGAGGAGGAGAGGGCGGAGUGGAUGGGCAAGGUGGCGGCGGCGGUGCCGGGUCUGGAGCUGGGGCUGAGGGAGUGCACCGACGGAGGGAGGAAUGGAUGCUUCUUCGGCGGCGCCGGUGGAGUCGGCUACGUCGACGUCGUGCUCGGCGGCGUGGCGCCGUACGUGCACGCGAUGGAGAAGGUCUCCGGCUUGAGGCUGUUUGAUGCCGACAAGACGCCGAUGCUGGCGGCGUGGCUGGAGCGGUUCGGCGAGCUCGAGGUCGCCAGGGCCGUGCUCCCGGACGUCGACCGGGUGGUGGGGUACGUCAGGAUGAUACACGAGAAGAAUGCCGCAAAGGGUGCAGAGUGA